AUGAACAUCAGUUUCGCGUGUAGCGCUCGCGUUAUCUGCAAGCGGAGCCUGACCGCGGCCUUCCAGCGCACGGGCGUCCGCGUUUUAGACUGCUCCGUGUUCCGAACAAUCCACGGGUACACAUUGGGAUUUUUCACCGUCCGAGCGGCUAUAUCGCAGAUAUCGAAGCGGCAAAUAGAGGAGAUAUUUACGGUCGCCGGCAAGCAGACCUCGCGACCCCGCUCCGACACGUCCAUCCCGACCACAAUCCACAACUGCCAGUCAGAACUGUCCACGUCAGCGCUCAAUAGACCAACCCUCAUUUCCGACGGCUCGGCGCGGAAGCCGCCUGUUAGUCCACGUCUCACUACUCGAGUUCCAUCGUCGAAGAGCGUCGCAGGCGACGCGAACGACCUCCUGCAAGUGUUACUGUUCAACAGCCGCAGCGCGUCGAAUCAAUUCAGCGAGUUCCUCCUCAACCCGCUCAAACUCGAAAUCGGCGCGCUUAUCGCCGUGGGCGCGUCGGGCGAGGUGCGUCGCGGCAGCUACGAGGGAAUGGCUGUGGCUGUGAAGAUAAUGAAGGGUGACACUAUCGAUCGCCAUGCCAGCGCGACGGAAUUUCGGCAGGAAGUGCAGACGCUCAUGUCGUGCGACGAGUGUCCGCGACUGCUUGAGUUCGUCGGCGUGUGCCUCGACACGCGCCGUCGCAUGUGCAUCGUCACGCGACUCAUGGAAGGAGGAACGCUCAGCGACCUUGUGCGACGUCGCCACGGCGAGCGGCUCCCGCUCGGCGACGCCCUGCGAAUCGCACACGACGUCGCAGAAGGCAUGGCGUUUCUCCACGCGCGCGGCGUGAUUCACCGCGACCUGAAAUCCGCCAACGUUCUCCUCGAUUCCGCGGGCCGCGCGGUCGUCGGCGAUUUCGGCGUGGCGCGGCUGAAAGGGGAGCGCGGCGACAUGACUAAGGAGGUCGGAACUUAUCGUUGGAUGGCGCCUGAAGCGUUCGGCACGAGCGCGUGGCACGUGACGCACAAGAGCGACGUGUACAGCUUCGGAGUCGUGCUAUGGGAACUCGUCGCGUGUCAGGUUCCGAUUGAGGAUUAUACCCCGUUACAAGCAGCGGUGGCGGUGGCGCUUAACGGAUUGCGGCCGACGAUCCCGGCGGAUUGCACCGCGGGGCUGCGACGGCUGAUUGAGCGGUGCUGGGAUAAGUGCCCCGAGGCGCGCCCCGAGUUUGACGAGGUCGUGAAGGAAAUUGCGGCGCUGCAGGAGCAGUUUUGCCCGGGGAUGGCUGUGUCUGCACAGUAG